UUCCUACUGUUCUCCUCUUUGUUUUUUAGAGAGCCGUCUGAUUUUGUUUCACUUUCAACUGGAGACUAAAUGACACCAGGCAGAAUCUCCUUAAGUUAGUUUUGCAGUGGUAGGAAAUCUCAGAAGAUGAUUCCACUAUGGAAGUGAACCCAGUUACAAAGAAGAGAAGUCAACGAGUCCACGUUUGGCCAAUGCCUACGAUGUGCCAGAAACGGGUGAAAGCAAAGCAUGAAGUUGGCCAGUGGGAUCGGUUUUCUGCUCAUUAGUCUGUACGCCGACUUGGCUCAGAAUGCGACAACUGGAAAUAUCAGAAGGCCAAAACAGAGUGAGGGACACAGUGUGGUGGGGAAGAGCCCCGCCCUCCACCGCAGACCAGGGCGGCAAAUUGAGCCCAGGGGACGAGCCUCGCCGGCCGUUCCUCUUGGGGAUGUCGAUGACAGCACCUUUGACAUGGUUGUCCCCGUAGUGAGCUAUCCGGGAGAAGAGUCGAGCUACAGGGUCUUACCAGGGAAGAAGGGCCACUGCUUCUUCAAUGGGAUGAUGAUGUACAACACAGCCGUGUGGUCUCCUGAGCCUUGCGUCACCUGCCUCUGCUCCAGUGGGAGAGUGAUCUGUGACGAGGCCACGUGUCCACUUCGGCAGUGCCCACACACCUUUACGCCCGAAGGCGAAUGCUGCCCCGUCUGCUCCGAUACCGCCCAAAGCGAACACCCAGAUCCACAGCAAAAGACAUCUUCACAGCCACCGGUGGGAAUGGAUCGGCGCCUGAGCAGGGAGGAGCAAGAGUCUGAGGAAGAAGAGUCUGGGGAAAAAGAUGGAGAGAAGGGAGCGAAGAAGAGAGACAAGAAGGGGAGACACCGCCAGAGUCAUUCUGAGAAGGGAAUACCAGAAAAAGACAAAAGGCGAUCGGAAGAGACAGAGGACUGCUGGACGGAAGAGAGAAAGACAACGGGGCGGAAAGGGGCCAAAGAGGUGCAGCGAGGUCUGGACCAAGAAAGUGAAGAGGAGGAAGAGGAAGAGGAAGAUGCAGAAGAGGGCUGCUUCCCAGCGCCGGCUCCUGGGGCACAGGCCCCCCCACUGCCAAGUACGUGCUUUGUCUCGGACCAUCAAAUAAGCUGCAUCGAUGCCAAGCUUACCAAAAUACCCAACAUCGCAGACCCAGAAUUAAUGAGCUUGGAGCUUAUCGGGAAUUCCAUCAGCUGCAUCCCCGACAAAGCAUUCCAUGGGACACCUAACUUGGAAAGGCUCGACCUCCGAAAAAACACAAUCACCUCUUCUGGGAUUGGUCCCAAUGCGUUCAAGGCCCUGAAGAAGUUAACCCACCUGUAUCUGGAUGGUAAUCAACUGGUCCAGCUGCCCCCUGCGCUGCCCUCUCCACUACAGGAACUGAAGAUCAACGAGAACCACCUCCAGUCUAUUGAUGAAGACAGCCUCGCAGAAUUGCAGCACCUCGUCACCCUGGAACUGGAAGGUAACCAGCUGAGCGAGGCCAACGUCAGCCCCUCGGCCUUCGCCCCUCUCCAGAGGCUGUCUUACUUGCGCCUGGGAAGAAACCACUUCCGGAUCAUCCCCCAGGGCCUGCCCGCAUCCCUCGAGGAAUUACAUCUGGAAAAUAACCAAAUUGAAGAAAUCAAAGAAACUUCUUUUAACCACACCAGAAACAUCAACGUCAUUGUACUGCGCCAUAAUAAAAUAGAAGAAAACAGGAUCGAUCCCUUGACGUGGAUCCAUCACGAAAACCUGGAAUCCAUUGAUCUUUCUUACAACAAGCUCUACCAUGUUCCCUCCUACCUACCCAAGUCCUUAGUGCACCUGGUAUUGGUUGGGAAUCAGAUUGAGCGAAUUCCUGGGUACGUGUUUGGCCACAUGAGGCCCGGACUGGAAUAUUUAUACCUUUCAUUCAACCGGCUGAACGAUGGCGGCAUCCACCCUGUGUCCUUCUAUGGGGCGUAUCACUCUUUGAGAGAGAUCUUUUUGGAUUACAAUGAGUUAAAAUCCAUACCGUGUGGGAUAUCACGCAUGACGUCGCUGCGCCUUCUGAGACUUAACAACAACAAGAUCCGGCGCCUUCGUCAGGAGCGAGUCUGUGGGGCUACGGACAGAGACUCCCCUUUGGAGCACCUGCAUCUCGAAAACAAUUAUAUCAAGUCGAGAGCCAUCUCACCCUAUGCAUUCCCAUGCAUUCGAUCCCAUGCAAGCGUCAUCCUGGGGCCACAGAAGGUCAGAUAGGUUGGUGACCCCACUUGGUGCUGGGUCUGCACACGGCUCCCAGGAUGCACCCUAAAGAUAGUAGAUCCUGCCUGCUUUUCCACAUGCUUCUCUGGCCCGCAGACCAGGGGCCUGUUUGUCUCCCAGUUAUGGGACCUGGCCCCGGGGGCCACAUUCCACAACCCUGAAUUACAGAGGAGUUGUUAACCUGCACAGGUGGAGGGAGUUCCUGCUCUGGGAGUUCCCCACAUUAAGUCCUGGGUCUAGAAUGUAUAAAAACAGCUCAGUUGAUGCCAGACCUGAUGUGUUCAGUAAAUGUUGGAGCUGGAUAAGAUCCUUUUGAAAUGCCUAAAGACCAGUGAAGGGCAGAGGGCUGAGUCAACAAGAUGCAGGUUCAAGUCCAGGGCCCCAGGGAACACCGGAGGGACUGAUGCACACUGGAUCAUCCACAGUGGGCCUGGCCUUUUGAGAGCACAGACCUUGCUCCCCUCCAAGUCCCAAGCAGCACCGUGGCUCAGUGACCAGGCUCUGUGGGACCAUUCUCAUCUAUCCGGUGACAUCACUUCAUGAGCCACACAUGGUGGCCACCGGCGAGGGGACCCUAAACCUCACGGCUGGUCUGGAGCCAGUGAAAGUGCUCAUGUCCCCCGGGUCCCUGUGGAAAGGACAAGACCCAAGAACCCCAAGCAGGUCAGGCAUUACCUCAAGGACCAGACUAACGACAGGAAACAGGCCGGCUUGUUGGCUGUCCCCCAAGAAAUAUAAACAAGACUGUGACACAGACAUGUUCUCCCACUUUUCCCCAUUAACAAAUGCAUCCGUUUA